GGUGUUAUGAACAAUACAAGGUCUUGAAAUUUAGGUUUUAGGUUUAAUAAUUGAGAUUGAUAUCAAAGUUAGUCACACAAAAGAACGAUUCUAUUUAUGCCUCUGAGUUUCAAAUGUAUGAAUUUAUGUUUUUUCCUCGUAUUAUGCUAGAAAUGCCGAGGGUUUAUUGGGAACAGUCUCUCUACCUUCAUAUGCUACAGUUAAGGUCUGCGUACACACUACCCUCCCCAGACUCCACUAUAUGAGAUUACACUAGUUUGAUUCGACACAUAAUUGGAAGCAUGUCCUUUUGCUGUCAUCAGAGGCGGACUUACGUGUUAUGUUGAGGGGUCACCGGACCUCGUAAACUUCGGCAGAAAUCUUGUAUAUGUGUGUAUACCUUGAACAUGGUUAAUUUGAAUUACUUGGCACCCUCAGUGCUAAAAGCCUCUCGGCGGCAUUGAUUGUACAAAAUAUUGUGCCCCGAUCGCGUUAAAAUCUUGGUUCCACCUCUGAUUGUCAUGGAUAAAGGUGAUGUUGAACAACCUCUACUACGAAGCCAUGUAAAUUCUUCGAUUCGAUUUAGUGAUAUAAACUCUUUCAAGCGAAGGCGAACACAAUCGAGCAGCAGUACUGGUAAUAUCAGUCAUAUACCUCAGACAAAUAAUGAGGAACUGUUUCAUUCCUCUGAGUCCAUUGCAACAGAGAGAUUUAGACUCAGGUCUGUGCUCUUAUUUUUGGCUGUCUAUAUAGGCGUUGGAGCGAUUUGCUUCUUCAUAAUCAGGGAUCAAAUCGAAGGAAAAAAGACUAAUGGAAUUCUUGAUGCAAUAUACUUGUGUAUUGUUACAAUGACUACUGUUGGAUAUGGUGAUCUUGUUCCUAAAAGCAUCUUAGCUAAGCUACUCGCGUGUAUUUUCGUCUUCACGGGCAUGGCUCUUGUUGGAUUUGUUCUAAGUAAAGCAGCAGAUAGUUUUCUUGAGAGGCAGCAAAUCCUGUUUCUCAAAGCCAUAAAAAUGAGGAAAAAUUAUAGCAGUUCAAAUGAGGUGUUGAAAGAGGUUGAAACGAAUAUCGAAAAGUACAAGUUUUUAAGUGCAUUGGCACUUCUUGUGAUGUUUACUAUACUUGGAACAAUUUUUUUAAACCAAGUUGAGGAUCUGAGUUUGUUUGAUGCUUUUUAUUGUGUCUGUGCUACUAUUACUACUCUGGGAUAUGGAGAUAAGAGCUUUUCGACAAAAUGGGGGCGUUUAUUUGCUUCGUUUUGGAUAUUGUUGAGCACGAUUUGUUUGGGUCAGUUGUUUUACUCACUUGCUGAAUUAUACACAGAACAAAGGCGAAAAUCUAUGACCAGAUGGGUUCUAACUCGGGAGUUGACGAAUUCAGACCUGCAGGCAGCAGAUCUUGAUCAUGACAGUGAAGUAAGUGCUGCAGAGUUUAUUGUCUAUAAACUUAAAGAGUUGGGGAAGAUAACUGAGGAAGAUGUCUGUGUAGUAAUGGAGAGCUUUAAAAUGCUUGAUGUUGAUCAUUCAGGCACAUUGACUGAAAAGGAUAUUGCAUUAUUACACUCGUCAAGAUCCAAAAGCUGAUAACCCUUGUAUCCUCCUAUCCAUGGUCAUGUCCUCAGUCAUGUGGAGCAACGCCAUAUCUUUCCUAAUUACCUCUCCCCAAUACUUUUUCGGUCUGCCUCUACCUCUGGUCUGAUUAAGUUUUGUUCAUAGAUCUUAAAAAGAUUCUAACGAUGACUGAAGCCUUUAUUUUGAAGAGUCAUAUGUACAUGUUCCUAUGGCUCAGAUGAGUAUUAUUGUUUAUAUCAUCACGACUAUAAACAUUAUUUUGUUCCUAUUAACAAAACAUCCCCUUUUUCUUCGUCGUGAACAAACACAAUCCUUACACACACCUAGGAGCAUGCACCCUUCCUGCAUAUUCAUACAAGAAUCGAGUAGGCAGGCUGAGGUCCUACAAGGUACCCCGGUCUAUUGCUCUUUCCUUGUAGCUAUUUCACUUUAGAAGGUUGGUUCACAGGUACAACCUUUGUAACUUCAUGGUAUACUUAUGGAUUGAUCAUUAUUUGACUUAA